GGGGGAGGGGGGGGCUUUGUACGCCUCAUUCACGGAGAGAAAAGACAACCAACCGGGGCAUACCUUUUGCGCUCAUCGGCUCAUGACAUCUACCUUAAUCUAAAAACAAAAGAAUUUCAUGGAACAGUGUUCCCGCUGAAAUCUAUCGCUGUCUGUUUGUUGCUUCUUAGGCUAGGCUUAUUGCGUUAUUGCGUUGUAUUGCUUCAUUUUCCCGAGUCAUCCUAUUGGUCUAAACAGGCGGUCAACACUGUUUGCUCAAAUUGUGUAGUUUCAAUUGCCUAUUGUUUUUGCCUAGCGUGAUUCUUAUUGGUAGAAAAUAGAGGCAUGACAGUGGCCCAUGCCAUUCCACCCUGUAGAUGUGUCUGAUUUCUUCUACAAUCACAGAGCAAUCCAACUCACAGGACCUCACGACGGGCAAGAACUUCAGCUGCGUUUCUGGGUUCUAGACGGCGAGUUAGCGUGGAUGAGACAAAGCAUCGAGCAAUCAACUGCUAGAACUGCGGCAUCCACUGCAGCGACAUCAAUGGAGGGCCACACACCCCUGGUCAGCCUUUGUCCCGGCAAGACGUUGACGACACAGGAGGAGGAGGGGGCCGGUGAGGUUAGUAGAGGACUGGCGGCCUCUGUCUCUAGGCUCUGGCUCUGCCACUUCAGGUUUGGGGCUUUGGGUACAGUGUCAUCUUACAACAAGAUUAUUUUUGGACCAGGUUUGAUGAUGGGCAACAUGACUUAAGAGUUUUCCGAAUAAAUACGAGGUUCCAGCACACAUUAAGGGAGAAUAAAUACUUGAUCACUUGAACUGGUCUUCCAAUAUCAACAGGCAUCUGCAGACUGGGCAUUGUGGUUAGGGAUGAUAAUGGAACUUUGUGGCAGCCAUAAGGGAAACUCAUAGACACAUAGAGUGAUCUGGUCAUCAAUGGAAGUUGAUACAGAGCAGCGACAUCGGUUAGGGAGAUGACUAUCUGGGCGUCAAGGGAAGGUUGGGAAAAUAUUAUCAUUUAAAAAAAAAACAGAAUUGUAUAUGUCAACAUUGAUUUUAAUAUUGUACGCCUAUAACUUUUAAUAGGGUAAGUACGAGUAUAACUAUCAUACGUAGUAAAAGUAUCAAUAUUGACAACAUUGGUUUUUAAUAUUGUACUCCUCUAAAAAAAUAGUCUACUCCUAAAGCUUUUACCAGGGGAAGCAGUAUUUCUAGGGGACUGAUCUGUCAAACUUGGAGGAGCUGUAUCAGUUCUGAAAUGAAUAUGAUGUUCUGAAAGACCAAAUGGAACAUUUCAAAAAUGUAAUUGUAAAAGAUAUUAUUUGUCCCAGGUUGGUGCAGCCAGGAAGACCCUUGAAGAGGAUGGCAUUUCUGGAAACCAUGACUAUGAAAGCGAGGAGAAGUUCUCAAUGUCGGAUAAUUAGAUUAACCAUUUUCUGUGCAUCAUUGUCAUAUCAAGAUAUGAUAGUUUGGAUGUACUAAAAAAACAGAAUUGGUAGAGGCACUUUUAGAGGCCUUUGAAAAUUUCAGCUCAAGACAUAUGAUAUAAAAGCUCAGGAGGAGAAAACAAGUCACCCCAUAGAUAUAAGUUAGUAUAGUCACCCCUUCCCCCCUCACCCCACACACCCACAAGCACAUAUAGUUUGCUUUGGUA